AUGGUUUCUGCCAGAAAACAAGUAGAGAUAGUGUACAAUCCUGAUGAAAGGAUAAACAAGCUGGCAGAUGAGGUGGACAAGGAAGCCGCUCCGGUUUCAAGGCUCACUCUAUUCUCACCUUGCAAGAUAAAUGUUUUCUUGAGAAUAACUAACAAAAGGGAAGAUGGGUUUCAUGAUUUGGCAUCUCUCUUUCACGUAAUAAGCCUUGGAGAUGUAAUUAAGUUUUCUUUGUCACCCUCAAAAGCUCAAGAUCGUUUGUCAACCAAUGUGCCUGGGGUCCCCCUUGAUGAUAGAAAUUUGAUUAUUAAGGCCCUUAACCUUUACAGGAAGAAGACUGGUAGCAACAAUUUCUUUUGGAUUCAUCUUGACAAGAAGGUGCCCACAGGAGCAGGGCUGGGUGGUGGAAGCAGCAAUGCUGCGACUGCACUAUGGGCAGCAAAUCAGUUUAAUGAUUUUCUUGCCACUGAGAAGGAACUCCAAGAAUGGUCGAGUGAGAUUGGUUCAGAUGUUCCCUUCUUUUUCUCUCAAGGAGCAGCCUAUUGUACUGGUCGAGGUGAGGUUGUUCAAAAUAUCCCUCCACCACUACCAUUGGACCUUCCAAUGGUUCUUAUAAAGCCCCAACAGGCAUGUUCAACGGCUGAAGUUUACAAGCGCCUUCAAUUGGAUAGAACUAGUAAGGCUGAUCCUGUUACUUUGCUGGAGAAAAUUUCAAGGAAUGGAAUAUCACAGGAUAUUUGCAUCAAUGAUUUAGAACCUCCAGCGUUUGAAGUUCUUCCAUCUCUUAAAGAUUAA